UAUCGGGCGUCUUGGUGACGUCAUCAGGAGGCGGCGACCUAGGGUCCGCGCAUGCGCGGGCUCACUUCCAGCUUCCCUUUGAGUGACAAAAGGGAGAGAUUGUACCUAUUCAGGAAAAACAAAGCACCCCAGCCCCCUGACAGACCAUGCAGCGGGAGAAGCUGAAAUGUAAGAACCUGCAUGAGUACAUGAGGAGCCUCAGCCCCAGCAUCCUGGACAAACUCUACAACCAUCCAGCAACGUGCCUGGCUGUCUUCAGGGAGCUGCCAGCCCUGGCUCAGAGUUACGUGAUGCGGCUGUUGUUCUUGGAUCAACCCUUGCCCCAGGCUGCCGUCACCUUCUGGGUGAAGAAAGAUAACCAACGAGAUCACGAUGAGUGCAUGAACAUCCUGAUGGGGCUUCGACUGUGGCAUUCCCAGCAGCUUCCCGGUGGACUCCAGGGCCUGGUCCUCAACCCUAUCUUCAAAGAGAACCUGCGCAUUGCACUUCUUGGGGGCGGCAAGCCCUGGGCAGAUGACACCAGUCAACUGGGACCUGACAAACAUGCUCGAGACAUCCCUUCCCUGGACAAGUACGCCAUGGAGCGUUGGGAGGUGGGUCGGUGCGCUCUGGGUUUAAUUGCACACUUUUCGUUAGCACAGUAUGGUGAGCAGAGACUCACAUUUGCCCCCACUUUUCCCCCUCUCUUUCACAGCGAAGCAUCUGAGGCUCCCUGCAUCACCUCAGCCGGCUUCCAGUUCCUCCUGCUCGAUACGUCCUCCCAGCUCUGGUACUUCAUGCUUCAGUACCUUCAGACAGCCGAGUCUCGCAACAUGGACCUGGUUGAGAUCCUAUCCUUCGUGUUCCAGCUCAGCUUCUCCACACUGGGCAAGGAUUACUCCGUGGAAGGAAUGAGUGACUCCCUGCUGACGUUCCUGCAGCACCUGAGGGAAUUUGGCCUCGUCUUCCAGAGAAAGCGUAAGUCACGACGAUUCUACCCAACUCGCUUGGCCAUUAACCUGGCGUCUGGAGUGUCCGGCAGCUCGGUGGAUGUGCACCGUCAGGGAUUCAUCGUUGUGGAGACAAACUACAGGAUCUACGCUUACACCGACUCGGAGCUGCAGCUGGCUCUCAUCGCACUGUUCUCCGAAAUGCUGUAUCGCUUUCCCAACAUGGUGGUGGCUCAGCUCAGCCGAGAGAGUGUGCAGCAGUCCAUCGCCAACGGGAUCACUGCCGAGCAGAUUAUCCACUUCCUGCGGACGAGAGCCCACUCGGUCAUGAUGAAGGAGGUGAGUCAUUAACUUGUGGCUAUCUCUCCGGGGUGGG